CUGGGAUGAAUCUUUCUGUGCGGUUUCGAGAAGGAAGGGCGCCGCCGGCUACGCGACUGGGUCUAGUGACUGACACCGGCUUGGCUGCCUGGGCCGCCACCGCUUAGACCAGCGUGGGGCGGGUCUCGAUUGGCAGUUUAGAAAAAGAGGUACAUUAAAUAUAAAAGUGAAUACUUCCCAUGAUACGUGCAAAUGGCCAGUUCUUUAAGAGAAGUACUGAAUCUUUAUAAAAAUCUGCUGUAUCUUGGACGAGACUAUCCAAAAGGAGCAGACUAUUUUAAAAGGCGUCUGAAGAGUGUUUUCCUUAAAAACAAAGAUGUGAAGGACCCAGAGAAGAUCAAAGAACUUAUUGAACAGGGCCAAUUUGUAAUGAAAGAACUAGAAGCAUUAUACUUCCUUAGGAAAUAUAGAGCUAUGAAACAACGCUACUACUCAGAUACCAACAAAACUAACUGAUCACUAUUACUAUAAUUUGAAAAUCAGUGCCAGCUGUUUAUGUAUACCAGCUACUUCAAAAAUAAUUCUAAAAUGUCAAGAUAAUACAUUUUGUUAAAAAUACCUUACUGAACUAAAAUAGGUUUCCACUUCUGUUCAAACUGAGAGCUUUAUCAGCAACCUUUAUGCUCAAUUUUUAUACUAAAAUAGCAAUUUAACUAUAUGAUGCUGCCAACUACCGAUGAAAAAUUGAUGAGCACCCAAUUUUGAAUGAAAAUAUAAUGUACUUAAUUUUUAAUAAAUUUUUGCGGAUUCUUA